AUGUACAACUCAAAUACGUCUGCAUCGCUGCAGCAAAAUAAAGAAACAACGUUAAACGAUUUCAUAGUACAGCAGGCUCCAUCUGACUCUAUAUCAUCGAUAAAGUACAGCCCGUGCGAGGACAUCCUGACUGCGUGCUCGUGGGACGGGUCUGUGUACAUCUACGCCCCCAGCAAUCCUAACUCCCACGAAACAAUGUCUCUUAAGACGUCCAUCCCCAACCCCAACGGAUCUCCCAUUCUGUGCAGCUGUUUCUCAGGAGACGGGCGCUAUCUCUUCACUGGGAGCGCGGAUGGAGUGAUCAGAGCUGUGGACAUGACAAGCGGAAACAUGUCUGAGCUGGGAAGCCACUCCAUGGCUGUCAGCUGCAUGGCGUUCACCAAUGCAAUGACUCUGAUGAGCGGCAGCUGGGAUAAGACAGUGAAGGUGUGGAGCAUCAGCAACCUGCAGGCGCCCCCAAAGGAGCUAAUAAUGGAGGAUAAAGUCUUUGCCAUGGACAGCAAAAUGAACACUGUAGCUAUUUUGUUGAGCAACAAUUUGGUCUCUUAUGACGUGUACACUUUGGAAAAGAUACAGACUGGAGGCGCCUCAGGCUUUGGGAAAAUGAGAACAGGCGUGGGAAUGUCGUACGGCGGGAGCACAGUGCAGCAGAGCAAGUACCAGGUAAAAAGCACAUGGCAGCUAAGGAGCGUAGCCUGCUCCAAUGAUGGACAGGAUGCAAUAAUUGGAACAACAGGGUCAAAGUCAGAAAUAGUUGGGCUGCGCCCAAGUAAUGCAAUAACCACCCUCUACUAUUCAUUCAGGUGCAAGCACACCCAGGGAGACAGGAAUGUGUACCCUGUGAACUCUGUGCAGUUCCACCCCGCAUUUCCGCACACAAUGCUUACCGCUGGAUCUGAUGGGGUAGUUAUCCUGUGGAACAGACAGGCAAAGUGCAGACUGGCAAUAGCUGGCCCAGGCGUGUCGGGAAGCGAUAAUGCAGGAAUCACUGCGACUGCGUACAACCACACAGGAAGAUACCUAGCCAUAGCUGUGGGGUACGACUGGUCCCAGGGCUACAAGGCGCAGAUCAGCACGCCUGUGGAGAUAAGGAUAGUUAUGAUACCGGAAGACACGCACAAUAAAACAGGAAUGAGAGCCAUAUAA